CGGAAAGAGAGAAUUUGUUGGGCAGGUUGACAUUUUCAAUGCUUCAGUGAACAACUUUAACACGUUUUUCUAUUGUUCAUUUAUUUCAAUAAGAUGGAACUUUAGCCUGCCUCAAAUUUCUUUUAAACAAAAUUAAUUAAAAUGAACUUCGAACAUUACGCAAACUUAGAUAGGAAUUUUAAUCUUGAGAAAUGUUUGCCAAAUGAAUUUUUAGUUAAAUCUCAAAGAAUUCCAGCAGAAAAAAAAUAUAUAGCUCCAAAAAGCGUCAAGCGACCAAUGAAUGCCUUUAUGCUUUGGGCAAAAGAUAGAAGACGUUUUUUAAUGGAAAAUAAUCCAACACUUCAUAAUGCUGAUAUAAGUAAAAUUCUGGGUAGUGAAUGGCGUGACAUGCCGGAUGAAAAGAAAAACCCAUUUUGGAAGGAAGCUCAUAUUUUAAUGGUGCAGCAUAAAUUUGAUCAUCCGGAAUACCACUACAAGCCAAGAAGACAACGACAAAGUAAAACCAAAGGUAAACAAGAGUUAGCAGAGCUAGAGAACCUUGAAACGUUGAUGCAUAAAAGAAAAUUCAAUAAAGAAAAAGUAAGUUUUUUUGAGCGUCGUGUAAGUUUGAUGAAAAGAUCUGAAGAACAGAAAAUCCAACAACGGUCCAACAAUGAAAUAGACUACGAAGCAAUGGAUAGAUUAAACUAUUUAAGAUAUCUCAAUGAUAAAAAGAAUUCAUGUGCAACCAUAAAAUCAAAAUUAAUCAUGGAGGCAGGUUUUUUAAAUGAAAAUUCAAAAUUAUCUAAUCUAAAUACAAUGCAGCGCAAUCAAUUAACGCAACGUUGCAAAUCCGAUUAUACUAUAAAACACGGCGAAACUGAAGAUAAAAGUUUGCUCGAACGAAAACGUCAACUCGAUUUUUUUCUACAAGUUGAUGACUCUGAUGAGUCUGAUAUAGAUUCUCAAAGAACUUCAGAUGCUAAAACAUCUGUAAUAUUGAGCGAGUUUUAUGAUAUUUUACCUAGAUAUAAAUAAGAAAUGUUUAAUAUUAACGCAAUGAACGCAAGUAAUCAUCAGUACUGCUUUGAAAGUAGUUUAGUAUAGAGUCCGCACAAAUACACAUAAAAAAUGUAAAGAACUAAAUAUUAGAAAAGUUUUUAUCAAAGCAUCA